GCCAAAAGUUGCCAGCGAGUUGCUCCAACUUCAUUUACGUUGCACAAAAGUUGCGCGCAAGUUGCUCAGCAACUUAUGCCAUGUAGCCAUCUCACCUCCAGGACGAAGAAGGUCCUUGUUUCCCCCAAGCCCCGCCUGCUGUAAGCUCUUAUCAAGCAGGUGAUCCAGCGUCAAGCAAAGCUUUGGCGUUGCUGCUCUAUUCGUCUACGGGUGCACACGGGUAUCCUUCUCCUUGCUGGCUUUCCACCGCCCUUAAGAGGCGAAUUUUCAGGCGAUCUUUCCAGCGCGACGGGUCGACAGCGGCGCUGUACUGCAGCGCUCUCUCGCACAAGUCCUUUAGCCUCGACGACAGCGAUGCGUCCGCAUGACGACGCGCAGACGCAGCAGGAGGCCGCACUGCGCCAUAAGGGUUCGUCUCCCACGCGGCGGCGGCGAUCUCGAGAGCAGGAAGAAGUAGGCGCACCCGCUGUCUGGAUCUCCCCGGACUGGGCUACACACCCCAUUAUCGAGAGCUUCUACGGCCACGCGCGGCGUGCGCGCGCCAGCUCCUUUUAUGAAGUCAUGUGCUCACCUAUGAAUGCAACAGCCACAACUACAUUGGGCGAGAGCUGCUGCAGUUACAAGGCGACGGAUGAGGAAGACGAAGGCCAGCGAAUGAAUAGUCGGGCACGCCGUCCGUUCGGCUCGUUCGCUUAUUCCUGCACAACAGAUACGAGCGAGGAAGCGGCCGAGAGUCCGCUGUACGACCACCACGCCAUGGGCGUGAGCGGCGACCGCAGCGUAUGUAGUAGCUCUGGCUUCGCUCAAUGGAACAGGAUGCGUCACACAAUGAACCUCAAUGGCGGACUCGUGCCUGUGCCUCCGGAUCUUCACUUCACCAGUGACAGAGCGUCUAUACUGGAGAACCCUCAAGGCGGCGGAGACCUCACAAGACUCAGUCUCAGUCCGUCGUCGUCCGAUGUCGACAGUCUAGAUCGUCCUCCUUCACCCCCGACAUCCGCCAGAUUACGAGCCAAAUUACAAGAAAGUCUGCAGGACAUGGAUGCACGCAUCGCUGAGGAACACAAGCGGCUCAAACAAGCACAACGAAGUUUCAAGAAGUCGACAAAGCAGCCAGCACCUGCCAAUGUAAUGUGGAGUUUGCUAUGUGGUGCACGCACGGACGACGCCUCUCAAGCUGAUGGCUUAGCGUUCCUGACCGAGAAACUGGGCAUGGCUGUGUCACAUCGAGCGUUGAAUCAGCUGCAGCGACACCGCCGACAUGUGCGCGGCAUCUUGCAAAUCGUGACUGCACACAACCCGGACUUGGAGCUCACCGAGCGGCAGCUCGACUCGUUCGAAGCAGCCGACGCGAUGCUGGCGAACGAUAUCAAAUACAGUGUGCUGCAUCAGCAGUACAAGUUGCUCGUGACUAGCGCAACUCAACGGCGGCGUGCUGUAGCGCAGGCCAAGCUCCACAACGGCAACGAUUGCUUCGAGAGACCUCACGUGAAGAGCGUGAUGCUGUCGAAGCUACUGGAAGCUGUGAGCUGGUAUCGACUGGUGCAACGGAAUGCACGGGAAGAAGCAGCGUCGAGUUCUGUGGGUGUGGCAUCAGCGUCAGGCUCUAGCGUAUCCUCCGCUCCUAGCUCGGGUGGACUGCAGGAGCUUCAGGUGGAUAAAAUCCUCGACGUUCUGGCGGGAGAAGAGUUUUAUUCCGACUUCAAUGAGCUCAUGUGUCAGCCAAACUGGUGGGAGAUAGCACAGGCUCAUUUUGAGAACCUCAUCUUCUCGUCCAAGAACUCCCGGAUCUGCCAGUGGGUGUUGCAGCUAUCGAAGGAUGUGGCGGCUGUGAGUUACGAAGAACUGGAGGAAAACGAGCGUGGAGGACUGCGCUCUCGGACGAAUUCCAUGGUAGCGAAUCAUGCAAAUACUGUACGACAGGCUUCGUGGACCAAAGACCCGCCACCGGAGCAGAUUCUCGACUUUUUGGAGCGUCUUACAAGUCGCGUACGUCGAGAGUUUGACGUCCCUGCAGACGUUAGCAAGAGCUUGAACGUCUUCAUCCAACGCACCGUAUUCCCCCGUAUUGCGGUGCUCUGUUUCAACCAAAGAUCGACGCGUGAUUGUCAGAGGAAGGACAAGUUGUGGCGGAAGAAAUGUGUGGAGCUCAGUGGCUUACCCAUGGAAAACCUGGGUGUAUCACCCGAGUUGGUCGCCAAGAUCCGCUCUAGUUUACCCAGUCAUCGUGUCCGCGGUCCAAGUAAUGGCUGUAGCAGUCCAUGUCAAAGACGAGUGUAUCUCGUCCGCGCGAUCGAAGCCUUUAACAGCAUGGAGAGUGUCGUGCCCUGCGAUCUGCUGGAUGAACUCAUGCAUGGUGUAGUGAUUCUACACCACGAGGCGGCUCUCGUGUUGGGGACGACUCAGUUCUCAGUGGAGACGUUCUUCCCGUUGUUAGCGUACGUGCUGGUGCACUGUCGACUGCCCACUAUCCACGCUCAACUGCAUCUGCUCGAGAACUUCGCCAUCACUGCCGAUAACGCGAAUGGAGAAGAGUCGUACUACGUUUACUGCGUCCAUGCUGCGGUCGAGUACGUCUGCAACACAGCAGGACUUGGAGUCAUCCCUGCAAGUAUCAGCUCGACUUCAAGUGCCGUCUCCACACCGGGUGGUUCUCCUGUCAUGCCUAUGAGUACGUCACCGCCUAAGAACUACACUGCGUUCUCACUGGAACUGGAACUGGAGACUGAACUGGAAGUCAAAGUAUUAAACUCACCAAGUAUGGAGCAGCCAGAGGUAACCGGUACUGGACCUGAAGCAGGCAACGAAUGUAGUUAGCUAGUACGAUCAAGCCAAUAUCCUUUAUUUAAGUCGCGUGUAAGGUACCGGAGCUCUCUGGAAUCUAAAUAAACGUGUCGAGGCUGUUCCGUGCACGUCUUCAUUAAAUCUGCAGGAGUCUAGUGUGGCUUGGGUACGUGGCCGUCGACGUAGAAGUU